UGUGUAUUGCUAAGGAAGCAACAAUGUCUUCUCAAGCUGCACCUCCUCUUAAGAAUAUUCCACCAGCUGUUCCAGAAAAGGAUAACACAGCACCAGAAGUGGAUUUCGUAUUAGUAUUCCAAGCAAGAGAUCCAAAAUUAAUCAAAUCAAAGAAACAACCUUCUGCAUCUGAAACAAAUGCAAGGGUGGAAGAAUAUGAAAGACUAAUAAAAGCAAUCAGAUUGGUAGGAUUACAAAUCACUGCAAGACAAUCUUCACGUAAUGAAUCAGAUUUGAUCAUAUUCGUUCGUGCUCCCGAUCAAACAUUAGUUGCCAGUGGAAAAUUGGAAAGUUUACAUGAUUAUCUUCAUGGCGUAAAGAGUACAGUUGAACCUGAAGGCGUAAGCAGCUUAGCAAGAUCAUCCUCUUUAGGCAAAGAUGGAAUUCAUAGUCAAGCUGAACAAUUCAGUCCGGCUGAUCGUGUAAGAUUCGUCCAUGAUCUCUUAACCAGGCCAAAGCCGCAAGGAGCGAAUCUGUCAAUCGAGUCCAAAGAAUAUCCACAUUUGAAGGAUAUGACACCAAUUCAUAAUCCUGAUUAUAACCAUGGUUGGCUCAAAAGAUGGUCUGAUGUUAAAUCAGGCUUACAGAUCAGUAUCAAAGAAUUGGAUUCUAUUCGAUCCCAUUUUGGUGAACACAUUGCAUUGUACUACGGCUUUUUGAACUUUUACUUUCAAUCUUUAGCCUCAAUUGCGGCAGCUGGAUUUGCAUUCUGGGCAGCAGGCGCUCCCUUCCAUCCAAUAUACUCCUUACUUUUGGUUGGUUGGUCAUGCGUAUUUGUGGAAUUAUGGCGAAUGAAGGAACGCAAAUUAGCCGUUCGAUGGGGUACAUCAGGCGUUGGUCAUGUCGAUGCAAGAAGGAACGAAUUCAAGCCUAGAACCAUUCGCAAAGAUCCUGCUACAGGUGAAGAUCAAGAAGUGUUUGAAUGGUGGAGAAGAGAAUUGCGUGUUGCGUGCAGCAUUCCAGUCAUGCUAAUUUUUGCUGCUCUUUUGGGCGCAACGAUGACGACAAUAUUUGCAACUGAAGUCUUUGUUUCGAAACUCUAUGCUGGACCUGGAAAAGCACUCAUUCCCUUUAUUCCAACGGCCUUGUUUGCCGUAUGUGUUCCUCAGAUCAUGGCCGCAUGGCAAGCCACCGCUGCUGCUCUCACUUCAUGGGAGAAUCACUAUAGCGUUCGAACCCACCAAUCUGCUUUGACGAUCAAGAUGUUUGCCUUACAAGCUGUGGUUGCAUAUGGUGCAUUGACACUGAGUGCAUUCGUUUACAUUCCAUUUGGCCAACAGAUCAUGGAUGCGAUCGUUCAACAUGGCUUCUUUGCUUCUAGCUUACAAGCGGCCGAAGAUAGGGGAGACAUCAAACGUAAUCUGACAGGAUCUGUCAAAUUUGAAAUCAAUCCAAGUAGAAUGCACGCUCAAUUAUUCGCAGUCUUGACCACCAGUCAAGUGAUUGGUGCUUUCACCGAAACAGCAUUACCGUAUAUCUUGCACAAAGUGAACGAAUAUAGAGAAGCCAAGAAACAUAAAGACACAUCAGGAUCGAAAGCGUCCGUUGAAGGUAAAUUCUUGCACAGGAUCGAGGAAGAAUUAACUCUGCCAAAUUAUGACACAUUUGCAGAUUAUGCAGAAAUGGCAACGCAAUUUGGCUAUAUCGUUCUUUGGUCAGUCAUUUGGCCUUUGGCUCCAGUGAUGGGAUUCAUCAACAACUUUUUCGAGCUGCGAUCUGAUGCAUUAAAGAUGACAGUCAACGCUCGUCGUCCUGUACCCGUUCGAGCUGAAUCGAUUGGACCUUGGUUGGAAGUGUUGGGAUUUUUGGCAUGGCUAUCUGCAAUGUUAAAUGCUUCUCUUAUUUACCUCUUCCAGCCCUCUCCUGAAGCACAUUUGGCCGGGCAUUCACCUUAUGAAACCGUUUUACGAUCUCAUUUGCAUCCAGGAGGUGCGGAUGGAGUUACACCGGGAAAGGUCGUUGAUUCGAUUGUUUAUCCAUCCGAUCCAGCUCAUUCACCACGUUCUCCUUUAUCAUUCUCAAGAUUACUUCCAUCCAAUUUACCUACUUCGGGUACUGCAGGUGCGCUUGUUGCAAGUUUAUUGUUAGCAUUGGCAGCCGAACACAUUUAUGGAAUCAUGAGAAGUGUAGUUCGACAUAUUUUAGAAAGAGCACUUUGGCGUGAUAGUGAAGAAGAAACACUAUUGCGCAAACGUGAAUUCCAAACACGCAGAGAUGCAUUGGAAAGAAGUGGAAUGGGAGCUGCUGCUGUUGAUGCAUUAAAGGCUGCCGCUCCAACCCAUAUUGGAGCACCUGAAAAUGAUCAAAAAGCAUUUUGGCGUGGAGCUGAAGAAGAAGGAAAACUUGUUAUUCAACAAAGCAGUAAAAGUCAAUAGAUCCCCUUCUUGUCAUCUCUCUUUCUAGCAUCAUUAGAAAUCAUUGCAAUGGAA